GAGGAGGAAAUAAGAGAUAUGGCUGAACUCAACUCAAAAUCAAGAACUGAAACUGUAGAAAGUUGUAUUUUCUGUUCCAUAGCCAACGAGCAAGACCAAAUGACGGAAGUAAUCAAAAAGAACGAGGAGCUGGUGUGUUUCAGAGACAUUGUCCCUGCUGCUCCUCAUCAUUACCUGGUUGUUUCCAAAGAGCACAUAAGCAGCUGCUUCUCACUGCAAAGGAGACACGUUGACCUCGUUGAAAGGAUGGCUGAAAUGGGGAAAGCUGUUCUACACGACCAAGGGAUCACUAAUAUGAAGGACAUAAGGAUGGGGUUCCACCAACCUCCCUACACUUCAGUUAAACACCUCCACCUCCAUGUGCUCGCCCCCGCCAGCAAAAUCUACAAGAUCUUGGAGUAUAAGUUCAUUCCAGCGUCCGACAGGAAAAAUGUCUGAGGAAGAGUCUAAAGGGUUAUUCUCUACCAGUCAAAGAUUAUUUGUGUUUUUCAUUAUGAGACACUACAGUGGCCCUGCGAUAGACUGAUGACCUGUCCAGGGUGUACCCUGCCUUCGCCCAUUGACAGCUGGGAUCGGCUCCAGGCUGUUGUUGGCUUUGUGUGUAUGAAUUGUCAAAUGAAUUGCACUUUUAUGGUCAGUGAUAUAUGAAAACACUGGAUUGACUCCAUUGAACUCCAUGUUUCUGCUUAUAUGGGUUUGUUGUGAUAUUUCUUAUAAGUUAUAAAUUAUUUUUGUGCAGAAUUUUGGUUACUCGUGUGCAUACAGUGUGCUUUUGGGAUUGAAGAAAGUUUCUGUUUAUUGCUACAAAAGACAUCUUGGAAAAUACUCGAACACAUUUUCCACUGAAACAAACCAAAAAGCCACAGUCAUGUUACAAUAUUACCCCCGGAAUAAAAACCUGCAGUGGAAUAUAA